CCCGCACCGUGAUUCUGAUGCACUCGGUCCUACUGCUGGACGACGUACUUCGCCAGAUUCUUGACCUAUGUCCACUUCCGUCGCUCACGGCUGCUGCUAGAUGCUGUCGGGCUUGGAAUGAUCCUGCGCUGGACGCUCUUUGGUGCUACGUCUGUUCGCUGGGGCCGUUGAUCCAGCUCAUUGAUGGGGUAGCUCGUGUAGAUGGUGUCUAUCGUGUUACGAGUGGGCAGCCCCUGAACCUCACCAGGUUCAACCUCUACGCCCGCCGCAUAAAGCAUAUCGUCCAACGCCAUGACAUACGCCUUCACCCUGCCCUGCUGGCAGAGUUAGUAGAAUCAUCCUCGUGUACUCUCCCACGAUUGGUUACAACGCGUUUAUCCACUACGGACGCGCUAUCGCUCCCUGCCGCGUUCAGCCUCACUCCUAGUCUUCUCCACCUGGAUCUGGAUUUCGGGUUCAAGAGAAAGUCCCGAGGAUCGGCGGGCGAAUCUUCCGACCACUUUCUAGUGGCGUUACCCAAGGCAGCCCCACAUAUCGCGCGCCUCCGUUUGCGCGGGAAUCUUCCCCAACCCAUAGACUUGGCUCGCAUGAGCGAUCUGACUAGUUUGACUCUGCGCGUAGGGACUAGCCUGAGUCCCGAGAUACUCGAGUCGGUCUUCCUCCUUCCCCGGUUGCUCGAGCUGGACAUGGACGCAGCACACUUGGACCCCGGUCGCACCCGGCAGUCGGGCCGGCUUCCACUUCGCUCGCUUGCUGUCCGGGCUUCCGCCGGUUUCCUUGAGGAUUUCCUGCGCUUCGUAUCGGAGGAACACAUGAAACACAUCCGCCUCGAGCUCACGGCACUAUCGUCCUGGAGUGAUAUUUUUGACGCACUCGCUUUUCCGGCGCUAGAGGAGCUGACGAUUGAACACGACUUGGAAGAUGUCGACGCCGAAUUACCGUCACCCGACUGCCCCAGGCAGCACCCCACACUCGACGCGAUGCGACGCCUGGCAUCUCUGCGACAUCUUCGCCGCUUAGUCCUCGACUUCACCUACUUCCCGCUUCUGUCGGAUACGGAUAUCGAAAUGGCCGCUUCAUGGUGGCCGAGAUUGGUGCACUUGGAUCUGGGCUGCGCGACCGAUUGUGCGUCGAAGCGUAUAUCUGGUCCGCUGGCAACUCCGGCGUGCUUGCGCUCGUUUGCGCUGAAGAUGACGGCCCUCGAGAGACUGGUUAUGCCUCUCUGCUUCUCCGGCGGGGCACUUGAAGUGCCCGAGGCGUCCACCAAUAGUAAGCUCGCGCAGGCGACCUUGACUUCGCCGCAGCCUCCAGCAGAUCCUCAAGCUCUCGGCGACUACUUGAGACGUCUGUUCCCCUCCCUCGAGCAAGUUGAUGGAUUUGACGAGCAAGAGAAUUCGUGGAAGUUGCUUGCUGCCCUGCUGUGAUGUCUCGUAGAUUUAGAUUUUACAGACCAUAGAUAGACGACCAUAGACUAAUUAGAGUAACAUAAUCCAGUUGUUCGUGACGUCUAUCUCAACAGCGUCGUAGACACAUACGACCUCUGCCCAGCGCUGAUGUCGACCAUCCUGUACCCCAGCACACCCUCGACAAAAGCAUAGACCAGCACCGGAUUCAACGGCCCACCAGAAGAUUGCCUGCCGAACGUCAUCGGGCGCUCAAUUACAAGCGUAUCCAUGACUCCGAAACAGAACUCCGACUCGCGCAAUUCCGCUUUCAGGAUCGGUCUCUGUGCAGGCAGUCAGCGCCGGCUCACACACGGUGCAAGAAGCGAGCUCGCUCACCUUGGUGCUGUCGUUCGGAUUGGACUUGCCCCACUUGCUCAGAUACGACGCGAGCAGCUCCAGGCUCGGCUCGUGGCUGCCCUGCACGACAAUGGAGCCGUUGCGCUCCUCGACGAUGAGGUUGUGCGGGCUCGCGGUAGCGAACAGCUCACGCGGCCGGGCCAGCGCAUCGACCACAGGCAGACGCGAGACGGACGCGGCGGGCUGGACGGUGUAUGCCGCCGGGACAGAUCCUCCGUGUACAGCUCCAGCGGGCGUUGGAACCGCCUCAGCAGGGACGGUCUUUCCCACUACGACCUCGGCCCAUUCCUCGUCCUUGGGUGCGUCUGCGUUCAGCAGAUUCUCAAAGUCGCGAUCAAAGCCUGAGUCGAGGCUGGAAUGGGACGAAGACUGGGCGGUGGUGGUGGUCGGAAAGUAGAGGAGGAAUGCGGAGAGGUUUGGUUCCCACCGGGUCGUCGGCCGGUUCAUGCCUUUCUCCCCGGGCUGGAUGCGCAGGGCGAGCUGCGUGUGCUCCGAGAGGAUGUUCAGAAGAGACUCAGUCCAGUCCGCGUACACAUCGUUGUCGAGGCGGUCGCUGAGCCGUUCGUACCAUGCGAUGGCGUACCGGACCACGGUCGGGACGAAGGUCGUGUUGUCGUCGGAAUAGCGCUCCUUGACACUCGUCCAGA